UCGUAACGUACCCGCCGGUCGCGCGUGAGUGUGGUCCAACCGUGACCAGAGUGUCGGUCGUCGUCGUCGUCGUCGUCGUCGUCUUCGUCUUCGUGAUCUAUGUAGUAAUAUUAUUAUUAUUACUAUCACUUUCGCUCCUCUCGACGUUGUUUUCGUUGUUUUUAUUUAUUUCUGUCGUCGUCCACGUUCGCCCGUCGCAGAAAAACCCCCGUGUAUCCGAUGGAGGAAUUAUUCGACGAGGUUUGACAUUUUUUGUUUGACGAUAAAAACCUAAGUGUAUAAUAUUAUGAGGGUACCUACCUUGGCCGUAAUACCGCAGUGCAUCAAAACGUGCGUCGUCAAACCGCUAAACGUACCAACUGCAGCACCAGACUGCAGCGUGAGCACGAUUUUUUUUAAUGUAAAAAAAAUCACGCUUCCUAGAUUGAUUUAAUAAAAAACGCGUGUGGAAUCAAAAACCUACACUGCGGCUUCCUGAUUUCGAAACUUGAUAUUCACAAAUUAUUCAAAGGAUAAUCAAUUUUGAAGGAUCAUAUUAAACCUGAAACAAAACAUGUGGUUUUUUCUGUUAAUCAUUUCAUCGUUUUACAUUUGGACUUGUGACGGACUGACGGUGAAAGCGGUGGUACCUCGGUACAAGAUUCGAGGAGAGACGGCCGUGCUCCGGUGCGACUUCGAGCUGGAAGGAGCCCUGCUGUACGCGGUCAAGUGGUACCGCGAAAACGAGGAGUUUUACCGGUAUGUGCCCAAGUCGGAACCUCAGAAGACGUCUUACGUGGUGGACGGGAUUAAAGUCGACCACAUGCAUUCCAACAGUCGACAGUUAACGUUGAGAGACAUAACGCUGAAAACCACAGCUAAUUACCGGUGCGAAGUUUCUGCAGAAGCGCCGUCGUUUGCUUCCGCACAAGAUGGUGGCCGAAUGGAAGUUAUAUACUUGCCUAAAGAUGGUCCGUACAUCACUGGAGAUAAAUCAACUUACCAGUUUGGUGACACGAUAAAUUUGAACUGUACAUCAGCCAAGUCUUACCCAGCAUCCAGUCUGCAUUGGUACAUUAAUAACAUUUCGGCGAGAGAAGAAUCUUUGAAGAGGUACCCAGCGCAAAAACACCCUCGAGGGCUCGUGACGACAACUUUGGGGUUGCAUUUACCUCUGGAUGCGGGGACCGUGCUGAACGGGGCAGUGAGUGUCAGGUGUGUGGCUGUACUAUCACCCGUAUUGUGGACUAGUGACAACGAGAAAGUGCUGCCCAGACAAGAUAAAAGAGAAGCACUCCUGCUCGUUACAGGAUCUUCCAGCAAGUGCAAUUCCAACAGAGUCGUCGUGUUCCUAUUUUUAUUACUCAUACAUGUGUUUUUUUAAAACAAAUUAUCAAUAAAUAAAUAAAAAAUAUCAUAUCAAAAAUAAUUUUAUUCUAAUAUUUUAAUUUUUUGAAAAAUGUAUUUUAUUUGUAAAUUGGAUUGUAAUAGAUAUAGUUUAUCCCUAUAUAAAUAAACAUGUACUACUUGUGUUAAAUAUAUCAUCAUGUGUUUUAAAUUGUUUAAUACCUAAUUCACUUUGGUUCGUUUCUCACGUUUCAUAAUGUUAGUGGUAAGAAAUAAAACAUUAUAAAUAAAUUUAUAUCUUUUAGAGAAACAAUACCUAGAAGGCACGUCGGUAGGAAUUUCCUAAGGGGAUGUUAUCAAAAUAUCAACUUCAAUGUACAAAAUAAAAAUGUCAUAUUUUAUAUUUAAUAAUAUUACCAAUAGUUAUCGAUAUCU